CUGAGUUUAAGGAAAACUAUUACAAUUUCAUAUUAGUGUAUUUGUUGGACAAUAUGGCUGAAAUAUAAAGUUGAUCAAGAUGACAUCCAGAAGAUGGUUUCAUCAAAACAUAACAGGGCAGGAAGCUGAGCAACUGCUUAUGGAAAGAGGAAGAGAUGGUAGUUUUCUAUGCAGACCUAGCUCAACAAACAAAAAUGAUUUUACACUUUCUGUGAGACGAAACAACAGUGUAACUCACAUAAAAAUACAAAACCAUGGAGAUUAUUAUGAUUUGCCUGGUGGUGAGCCUUUCUCUACAUUAUCAGAGCUUAUCCAAUAUUACAUGGAAAGAGAGCUGCGAGAAAAAAACGGAGAGCUUAUAGAACUUUUAUAUCCACUGAACUGUAAAGACCCUACAUCUGAAAGAUGGUUUCACGGUCAUAUGUCAAGUAAGGUUGCAGAAAGAUUAAUGCUUGAUAAAGGCAAGAAUGGCAGUUAUUUAGUCAGAGAAAGUGUAAGCAAGCCUGGCGAUUACGUUUUGACUAUCAAAUCUGAUGAAACUGUCUUGCAUGUCAUGAUUUAUAAUGUUGACGGCAAGUAUGAUAUUGGUGGAGGACCGGUAUUCGAAACCAUCACUGACUUAGUUGACUAUUAUCGGCAAAAUCCUAUGGUAGAAAAAAAUGGUGGCACUGUAGUGCACUUAAAACAGCCUUUUAAUGCAACUAAAAUAACAGCAUCGUCUAUUGGUGACCGGGUUGUUGAAUUGCAAAGGGAGACUCCAUUAGUACCAAACAAAGAUGGAUUCUGGGAAGAAUUUGAGCAACUACAACAACAAGAAUGUAAACAUCGGUAUAGUAGAAAAGUGGGACUGUCCUCAGAAAACAAAAUUAAAAACAGAUUUAAAAAUAUUGUUCCGUUCGAUCAUACAAGAGUUGAAUUGUUGGAUGGAGAUCCUGAUGAUCCUACGCAGGACUAUAUCAAUGCCUCCUACGUCAAAGGGGAGAGUGAUCAUGAAUAUAUUGCAACACAAGGUCCACUGGCAGAAACAAUACAUGAUUUUUGGAGGAUGGUGUAUCAGGAAAAUAGUUGUGUGAUUUUGAUGAUAACUCGGGAAGUAGAACGUGGAAAGAGCCGGUGUGCAAAAUAUUGGCCAGAUGUCGAUUUAUCUAUGGAGGUCGAAAACUUCACUAUAUUCAAUAGUAAGGAGACUGAAACGCAAGAGUUCAUUUACAGAGAAUUAAAGUUAACGAAUGGAGACGAGCCAGAAGAAGGAGAACAUACCAUAUAUCAUUACCAGUAUAUUGGAUGGCCUGAACAUGGUACACCAUCAAAUGUAGGCUCUGUAAUUGGCAUUUUGCAUGAUAUUAAUCUGAAACAAAAGUCGAACAACUACCCUGGUCCCAUAGUUGCUCAUUGCAGCUCUGGUAUUGGAAGGACGGCUGCUUUUCUGGUGAUUGAUAUUUUGGUAAAGAUUCUACAAAAACAAGGUCUUGACUGUGAGAUUGAUGUGCAGAAAACUGUACAGCAUGUCCGCACACAAAGAGCAGGAAUGGUGCAACUUGAGGCCCAAUACAAAUUUAUUUAUCUGGCCAUAGCGCAUUAUGUAGAGAUGGAGCACAACUUUCGCAGCAUGUCACCUCCUGCAGAUGUUAAAAUGCGCUGUAGCACAUCAAAAAGAACGCCUGAUACGCCCAGUGAAAGGCGGCAACGACCACCACCUUUGCAAAUGUCAUCGUCUGAUACUCCACCACCAAUAGUUCACAGAGUGCCACCUAAACCACCAGUGAUAGCUGUAAAUGGAGAACUUCCUCCAGCAAUUCCGCAUCGAAAACCAGCUUCUGGUUUACCAAUGACAAAUCUGUUGGGACGUCCACCACCCAAAGAGGCAAGUAACAUGUUUGUUCGUUUAGAGCCUGGAUCUCCUGUAAUACACGCGUCUCUUUUGUCUUGGAAGAACCGAACACACCGCCGCCAAUUCCUACUCGAAAAAAAUGAUGGAGAUAAAAUACUUUUAUGUAAUUGAUCUUAUGGGGAUAUAUGGAAGAAAUUAUGCUAAUGCGAAUUAUAUUUUUGUACAAACUCUCAAUUGUAAAUAAUUUUUUUUUAAAAAACUUUUUAUUUUAUAA